AGCAGAGGCCGGGGAGCCGCGCGGCUCCGGUGCUGCCCGAGCUCGCAGCACCCCGGGAGCAUCGCCCCCCAUCCCGCAGGCUCCUACUCACUCCCAGUCUGAUCCCAGUCUGAUCCCAGUGCAAAGCUGAGUGGAAAAUGCCCCCUGGGGGUGACUGUGGCGGCUGCCGGCAGAGGCAGCCUGGAGGAGCAGAGUCCUGUGUCCCCCAGGAGCCCAAAGUGGGGAGCCCAGAGAGGGGAUUUCCCAUUCCCAAACCUUGGCCAGAUGGAGGAGAAGGCUGUGAGGAAGAGGAAGAUGCCCCAGGACACCCAGGCAGAGCAGGAGCUGAGGAUGGAGACCAGGGAGGACAAAUCCCCACGGCAGAACCUCACAGAAGAGGCCGUUUUGAGCAACGCCAUGGCACAGGAAUCCAAUGGGGAGGAAAUGUCCUGGAGAUCCCGCAGGAGGAGGGGCUGCAAACCCAGCCCAGGGUGCUCUGAGGAAGAAAGACCCACCCUGAGCCAGGAAGGUGGACAGAGCUUCAGGCAGAGCUCAGAGCUGGUGGUCCAUGAGCAGCUUCAUGAUGGGGAGAAGCCCCACAAGUGCUUGGAGUGUGGGAAGAGCUUCAGGUAUAGCUCCCACUUGAUCCAGCACCAGAUGAUCCACACUGGUGAAUGGGCCUUCGAGUGUGGGGAGUGUGGGAAGGGCUGCAGCUGCAGCUCAGAACUCUUCACCCACCAAUGCAUCCACACUGGGGAGAGGCCCUACGAGUGUGGGGAAUGUGGGAUGAGCUUCAGCUGGAGCUCCAGCCUGAUCCAGCACCAGAGGAUCCACACCAGGGAAUGGCCCUGUGAGUGUGGUGAAUGUGGGAAGAGCUUCAGCCAGAAGUCCCACUUGGUCCGUCACCAGAGGAUCCACACUGGGGAAAGGCCAUACGAAUGUGGGGAAUGUGGGAAGAGCUUCAGUCGGAGGUCCCAACUGAUCAUCCACCAAAAGAUCCACACUGGGGAGAGGCCCUACAAGUGUCCCGAGUGUGGGAAGAGGUUUCACACCAGCUCAGAUCUCCUCAAGUAUCAGUGGAUUCACACGGAUGAGAGGCCCUUCCACUGCCAUGACUGCGGGAUGGGCUUCAAGCAAAACUCCACCCUGAUCAGGCACCGGCGCAUCCACACUGGGGAGAGGCCCUACGAGUGUCCCCAGUGUGGGAAGAGCUUCUCCAGGAGCUCUCACUUGACCAGACACCAGCAGAAGCACAGGUAAUGGAAGCCUGUGAGUGCCCCGAAUGCAGGAGGAGCUUUGGGCACCGUUCCAGCUCCACCCCCAUUGGAGGACCCACAUUAGUCAGAGCCCUGGUGACCCCCAUUCCCUGUGAUCUGAGCUGGGAAGACACCUGCCUGCUUAUCCUUUUGGUUUGGUCCUAAUUUUCUUCUAAUCUAUCUUCAUCCCUUAAAAAUACCUGAUAUAGGACAAAAAAGAAAGAAAUUGAUCAGAGAUGUCUAAAGUCCCACUAUUUCAGAGGUAUUUGUGGGGAAAUUUAUGGUUUGGGGUCAUAUUCUGGAAGAUUUGUGGGUUCUUGGGGGAUUUCAGGCAGUGUUCUCCAUCUCUUUGCACUCCAAAAGCCAAGAUGGAUUGAUCUGUCACUUCCAAAUGACUCAGUCCCACUGAAAACAACUCAAUCUUACCCCAAAUGGGCUCAACCCUACCUCAAAAUUGUAGAGACUCUGGGGGACAUCCCCUGGGUUAGGGAGACACAAGAAGCUUCCUUCAAAAAGCUCUUGAGGCCCUACUAACUCCUUCCUCUGUUCUUGUCCCUGAGCCACUCCCUGUUCCCUGACUGGCCCUUAUCUUUGUACUGCCCUGAGACCAAGUUCACCCCCGGGUCCCUUGGCAGACAGAAACCUGGAGACUCCCCAUGAGAGUGCCUGGGAUCCUGAGCAUCUUACUGGGCAGCCGAAUGAAACAUCUGUAAAUAUUAUGCAAAGGCUCUUUUUGCUUCCUUACCCUGGACUUUAUUAGCAGCAAGUCUGGCUGCAACAAAUGGCUCCCAAACAGGGACCUCUUCUCCUGGAAAACAUGUGCAGUAGACCACCCCGAGAAUUUCAGGUUUUUUAUCCCAAUGUAGUAAGUUUGAAAUUUUAGU